AAAUGGUGGGACGUGAAAGUGGGGUGCGGGGUGGAGCGGCGGCGAACGACAGACCGAGAGAGGGGCGAAGACGACAGCCCUGAGGGGAGCCGACGAAGGAGAGAGGGAGCCUAGGGGAGCAAGGGGCGUAUUCAGCACUAGGGUUUAGGGAAUUUUAGGUAGAGGGCGGGCCAGAGCUGCUUCCUAACCAGGCGUCAUCAACUUUAGGGCGAGCACGAUUUUAAAACGGCCAAGUUCCGACGAUCAGAGCCGCCCUGGAGUCGGGACUAGGGCUCCAUCUCCCGAGACGCUCAGUUCACGUCCCUUCCUAGUUCACAUUCUUGCAGCACCCCACGCUGGAGAGGAAUAAUUAGGAUGCUGCCUGCUUACAUGCCAAGGAGAUGACACAGGAGGGGCAAGCCCCAGAGGAAAAGGAUGAAUGUCGGGGUGGCACACAGCGAAGUGAACCCCAACACUCGAGUGAUGAAUAGCCGGGGCAUCUGGCUGGCCUACAUCAUCUUGGUAGGACUGCUGCAUGUGGUCCUACUCAGCAUCCCCUUCUUCAGCAUUCCUGUUGUCUGGACCCUGACCAACGUCAUCCAUAACUUGGCUAUGUAUGUCUUCCUACAUACGGUGAAAGGGACACCCUUUGAGACCCCUGACCAAGGAAAGGCUCGGCUACUGACACACUGGGAACAGAUGGACUAUGGGCUCCAAUUUACCUCUUCCCGAAAAUUCCUCAGCAUCUCUCCCAUUGUACUCUACCUCCUGGCCAGCUUCUACACCAAGUAUGAUGCUGCUCAUUUCCUCAUCAACACAGCCUCACUGCUGAGUGUACUGCUGCCCAAGCUGCCCCAAUUCCAUGGGGUCCGUCUCUUUGGCAUCAAUAAAUACUGAGGGAUGGGGCUGGGGACAUUGGAACAAAGGGCUGUAACAUCCCUCCUUUUUCUAUACUGUCUUCUAUAUCUUGAAAGCCUGAGAACUAUGUUUCCCAAACUCCCAGUGGAAACUCAACUUCCCCAAAUUUUCAUUGGAAAAUGGGGUUCCCUGGGCCCAGCCCUGCUAGGAGCAGGUUUCUUUGACUGAGGAAAGACACGUGAGGUAGGCGGCAAAUCACUCUCCAGAGCAGGAAGCCAUGUUGGGGCAGCUUUUUGGUUGAUUAAGUUUUUCCAUAUCAUCCACUCCCACCACCUUCCAUCCAGCUCUGUUUUACUGUGUAUUUUCCUUAUAAUAAAGAUAAGUAUUUUCAGAUA